AAUUAGUUCUUUAUUUUUUUUAAUUGAAAACUGAAAACGAAAUGUUUAUUGUUGAAUGUAAUAUUUUAAUGUUUUAUCUAACAAUAACGAGCAUUAUUUUUAUUAGCAAAGUGCAUUCACAUGAGAAACAGAAAAGGUCUCAUUUCGCUCCUUAUCAUUAAUGCGUACACUGUCAAGUACCGAUGGGGGAAACGGACCCUUUCGAGUCAACUAAACAAAUUUCUUCCCAAAUCUAUUCACUUGUUGUCUAUUAUGUUGAACGCUGCGCGCUCCGUAUGUCGCACAUUUAAGGCUGCCUCAUUUCAGUAAAGAUCAUCGAAGCGCUCAAAACACGGCACGCUGACGACGUCUGCUGUUCAAAAUGGUGUAAUUGCAACAAGAACAACGGGAAAAACUCCUGCUGAAGCAAUUGAGAUCCUCAUGCCAUAUAAAAAUGGCGCUUAUUAAACAGGAGAGUGAAGAUGUGAGGAUUGGGGAAGCAAUGAGAGUGAAACAAGAAGAUACUGAAGAAACAGACCUGAUGCCACUAAAAGAAGAGUUACUAAAUGAAAAGGAAGCAAAAGAGGAGAAACAUCAUGAUUUCAUAACUGGAGAAAAUAUGAAGUGCUCACGAACUGAAAUGACUUCUUCACAAAAAAGUGCUCAAAAAGCAGGAACUAGAAAUUAUUUCACCUGCUUUCAGUGUGGAAAGAGUUUCAAUCAACAUGAAGACCUUAAAGUCCACAUGAGAGUUCACACUGAAGAGAAACCUUUCACCUGCCAACAGUGUGGAAAAUGUUUUACUGGAAGAGGAAGCCUUAAAAGGCACAUGAGAGUUCACACUGGAGAGAAGCCUUACACCUGCCAACAGUGUGGAAGCAGUUUCACUCAAAAAGAAAGUCUGAAGAGGCACAUGAGAAUUCACACUGGAGAGAAGCUUUUCACCUGCAAACUGUGUGGAAAGAGCUUCUCACACAAAGGAAAUCUAAAGAUUCACAUGAGAGUUCACACUGGAGAGAAACCAUUCAUAUGUGUUCAGUGUGAACAAUGUUUUACACGUAAAGAAAGCCUUAAAAAACACAUGAGGAUUCACUCAAGAGGGAAUUGUUUCGUGUGUCAACAGUGUGGAACAAGUUUCCUAAACAGCAAACACCUAAUGAGGCAUGUAAUAACUCACACUGGAGAAAACCCUUUCAUGUGCCACCACUGUGGAAAAGUUUCACACUUAAAGGAAACCUCAAGACUCACAUGAGACUUCACACAGGAGAGAAGCCUUUUAUAUGCCAACAUUGUGGAAAGAGUUUCAGACAUAAUGUAAGUCUUAAGAUUCAUAUGAGACUUUACACUGGAGAGAAGCCUUUCAUGUGUCUUCAGUGUAAGAAGUGUUUCACAUAUCAAAGAGACCUGAAACGUCAUUUACAAACUCAUUCCGGAAUAAAACUGCAGAGUUCUGAGUGUGACAAAAGGUUUCGAAAAAGGAGACAUUUUAAAAAUCACCUGUGCAGUUACUCUGGUAGAAGGCGAUUUAAUUGUGAUCAGCGAAAUAAACAAUUUAUUGUGCUGUCACACUUAAAGAUACACCUGAAAAGUCAUGCAGAUGUGAGACGCUAUUCGUGUUCUUUGUGUGGAAAGGGUUUUAAAUGGCUUAGCAAUUUAAAAUGGCACCAGAAAACGCAUAUCUGUGUGAAAUUAAGGCUACGUUCACACCACAAAUGAAAGUGAGCCAAGUCUGAUUUUCUGCUAAAGUAAGAUUUUUUCUUUUCUUUUUUUGGUCAAGCUGUUGUUGACAUUACCUUUUAAAUGUAGCCUGUAUUAAAUACGGAACAUGUCUGAACAGGUGAUGUUUUUACAACACUUCUCAUGUCUUUAAUUUGCAUCCUUUACAUACUAAUUAAAAGAUAAAUAAAAGGACAUAAACUGAAUGAGGCAAUAAACACCG